GGGUAGUUAGAAGAAGGGGCGAGGGGAACGGAGGUAAAGCGAAUGCUCUCGAUCGGUCUCUCUCUCUCGUUUUUAUUACAUUAAUGAAUUGAGUUGUAAGGGACACGUACAAGGAAACACGCCUCCGCCUGGACGACCAAACGUUUGAUAUUUGAUUGUGUUCAAUGGUACGUGUUUGCAUCUGUACAUUUUCGGCGAAAACCCGAGUAGGACGUCUCAUCCCGUCGUUUGAAACACUUCUGAAGGCGUAGCAGCUGAAAGUCCUCGCGGUGAACAUGGCAACUUUAACGAACGGACAGGUGGACGCCGCGGUGCACGGAGGAGCGGCCAGUACGAACGGGCUCGUGAACGGAAUAAGCCACACGCACAGUCCCGCGAGCUGCGCCACCAUUCCAAUGAAGGACCACGAUGCAAUCAAACUGUUCAUCGGACAGAUACCCCGCAACCUGGACGAGAAGGACCUCCGGCCGCUCUUCGAGGAAUUUGGCAAGAUCUACGAGCUCACCGUGCUGAAAGACCGCUUCACUGGCAUGCACAAAGGUUGUGCCUUCCUCACAUACUGUGCAAGAGAAUCAGCGCUAAAAGCUCAGACCGCGCUUCACGAGCAGAAGACGCUACCUGGGAUGAACAGGCCAAUCCAGGUGAAGCCAGCUGACAGUGAGAGCAGGGGAGAAGACAGAAAACUCUUCGUUGGCAUGCUGAAUAAGCAGCAAUGUGAGGACGACGUGCGGCGCCUUUUUGAGUCCUUCGGGAGCAUUGAGGAGUGCACCAUCCUCAGAGGUCCUGACGGAAACAGCAAAGGUUGUGCAUUUGUGAAGUAUUCCACUCAUGCAGAAGCUCAGGCCGCUAUUAGUGCUUUACACGGCAGCCAAACCAUGCCUGGCGCUUCUUCCAGCCUGGUGGUGAAGUUUGCAGACACAGAUAAGGAACGGACCAUUCGACGCAUGCAGCAGAUGGCCGGUCAGAUGGGCAUCUUCAAUCCGAUGGCCCUGCAGUUUGGAGCGUAUGGUGCCUAUGCACAGGUUCAGCAGCAGGCAGCGCUGAUGGCGGCUUUUGCUGCCGCACAGAUGCAACACAUGGCCACCAUCAACGGCCUCCCAGGGGCUCCCAUGACCCCAACAUCAGGUGGAAGCACGCCCCCUGGCAUCACGGCUCCCACGGUGACCAGCAUUUCAUCUCCAAUUAGUGUCAAUGGUUUCACAGGGCUGCCGCCUCCUCAGGCCAAUGGCCAGGCCCCAGCGGAGGCCAUGUUUACCAAUGGAAUCCAUCCUUACCCAGUUUUGCAGGAAGUGGUGUUUAGGGAAGACUCGGAGAAGGGCGGCCUGGGCGUGGCCCAGAGAAGUUGUUUUGGGGUUCAGGGAAGCUGCUUCCUGUCGUCUCUCUCAGAAGCUCAGAGUCCCACUGCAGCAGACCCCCUACAGCAGGCCUAUGCUGGAGUCCAACAAUAUGCAGCAGCCUUCCCCGCUGCAUAUGGACAGAUCAGCCAGGCCUUUCCCCAGCCGCCUCCCAUCAUCCCUCAGCAACAGAGAGAAGGGCCAGAGGGCUGUAACCUGUUUAUUUAUCACCUCCCUCAGGAGUUUGGGGACGGCGAGCUGAUGCAGAUGUUCCUGCCUUUCGGUAAUGUCAUCUCCUCCAAAGUGUUUGUGGAUCGGGCGACAAACCAAAGUAAAUGCUUUGGCUUUGUGAGCUUUGAUAACCCAGGCAGCGCUCAGGCCGCCAUCCAGUCCAUGAACGGCUUUCAGAUCGGCAUGAAGAGACUCAAAGUGCAGCUGAAGAGGCCAAAGGAUGCCAACCGCCCAUAUUAGCCCCGUCCCUCCCCCCAGCCACCCCUGACCCUGGGGGUGAAGGCCGCCGCUGCACACAGGGAACGAUAGGUUUUGUAGAGCUGGAACACAUGUUGAUAACAUGCCAAAUGUAUUUGAAAACACAACAGAUCAAGAUCAUCGGGGCUGGGGAUACAAUAGAGCUGAAGCGGGACAUGAGGAGGACGUACCUGCGUGAUAUACCACCACCAGGCUCAAUGGACCUUUUUGGACUUCGGUGUUUAACUCAGGGGAGCCGCGGUGUUACUGGACCAUACCGUACUCCCUUCUCCGAACCCCCGAGACCUUAUUUUGCAGGACCACAGUACUGAAGA